ACCUCAUCAUAUCUUUUACUCCCUUGUCGUUAAUUACAGUUGUUUCUUACAAAAGUAAUACGACCCAAUAAAACCAUCAACAAUGUCUUUCAUUAAGCUCAUUACUUCGGACACUUUGGAAUAUCGUUAUUUUCCCAUCACGAAAUCCCGUUUCGAUUUAAACAUACAAGCUGCUCAUGAUGCAAGAAUUUCUUUGCGUACCCAUUUGGGUGACGAUUCUAAUGUAUAUGAGAUUAUUAUUGGAGGAUGUGAAAACACAAUAUCAGCUAUAAAAAGAAAUAAUGAAGAAUCUGAUGUUGCAGAAGCUGAAACAAGGAACAUAUUAAGUGAUGAGCAUAUGUGUAAUUUUUGGAUACAGUGGUCAUGUGAUGGAUUAUUAAAUGUUGGUAAUGGAGAUGGAGUGUUCCUAAGUUACAAAGACAAAAAUCCAUUUGUUAUAAAUUACAUAGGAAUCAGUACAGCAUGUGGUGCUAUUGGUGAAUUCUUAAUAGAAGAAUCAAGUUGCACAUCUACAGUUAUUAGACAACAGUUAAUGGAUACAGCCCAUUUCUGGGUAGAUUAUAAUGAAUCAACUGGUCUUCCACCAAAUGCUACAAUAGCUUCUGAAGAUGAUUUGUAUAUAGGUCGUGCUCAUCAUAGAGAUUCUGUUACACCUGGAGGUGUUAAAAAUAAUGUAUGCACUAUUGCAUGGGGUGGAGCUGCUUAUGACAAAAAGGAAUUUCAAGUAUUAUGUUGUAAAGAUGUAAGUUGGGUGAAGUCAUGGUCAGGUAGUGUUCCAUUACAUGCACUUCCUGCUGGUGAAAGCGAAGAUGGAUAUGCUCUUUUCAUAGGCAGAGUUUUAGACGAAGGCAUAUAUUAUAUAGGCAAGAUCCAACCAAACCAUCAAACAUGUUACAUACCUAUUGAUGGUGAAGAAGCAGGUUUCACGUCAUAUGAAACUCUGGUUGUUUGCGAUUAUUACGCUGCAGAACAUAUUGAGAGAUAAAAUGUUCUCGGAAAAAAGAGAUAUUUAUUUUUCAUAUAAAAAAUAUUUUUUUAUAUCGCAUAUGUUUAAACCAAUUCAGUAAAACGUGUACAUUAAAAUGAAGUCAUGAAUAGUAUUACAAUGAUAGUUAAGUUAUAUUACGAGCGAGGUAUAGAAUAGACCAAUCGUGAUACAGAAUGUGAUAUACUGACAUCGCCCAAAACCUCGUCUGUGCCAGUACUUUUGUUACGCACUCUACGCUUAAUGAUUUGUACGUACAAUGGAUUAUAAUGAAUUUAGAAACUGUAUUGGAUGAAAUGGACAACGUUAAUCAGGUAAUUAAUUUAGGAAAUCGGUGUCACGAAUGAGAUUAUACAUGCAAUAUCAUAGCUGUGCCGUCAAUGUAUUUUUUGAUUCUAAAAUAUGAAUGUUUUUACGAUAGAUCCAUUAAAGAAACCUUUAAUGACCUCAUUUCCUGAAAAUGAUUUUUGGCGACUCGAACGAAAAAUUUGUACCAUACAAUGUUGUUUUCUAUAUUACCGGCGAGACACAGUACAGUGUGCGAACUGUUCUGCAUCUUCGGAUUCACGGAAUGUAUUACAAACAGCAUAAAAUCAAUAUUAAUAAACAUGUAUAGUGAAUA